AUGUUUACUGCUGGUAAAGUCUUAUCCCUUGAUCUUAAUUUUUGUCCAUUUUUUAUCGGCACUGUACUUGCUGCAAUGUUGAACCGUGUUCCGGCCCAGCUAAAGCCUGUGGCCGGUCGAGCUGUGUAUUCACAUAUGGUCGCUUCAUCUUCCGCAGUGCCUUCACCAGCCCUAUGUCCGCGUCCACAGAAUGCUAUAACACCAGAUCAUUAUCCAAUGGCACCACUUGGACCAAAUGGUGGACCUCUCUCUAGUCAUACUGGAGCUGCUUCAAGCGGGAUGUCAUUUCGAGGACAGUUUGUGAAUCAUGCCAUACAAAUGGGUUUACUACCGCAGAUGUCAGACGGGUAA